AUGUCUUUCAGCGCAACCGGCGUUCCGAAGCCCCUACAAUCGCGACCCAAGAAAUCGCCCAUUCAACUCCUCCGAUCAGCCUCCUCACCCUUCGGCAACCAUCCACGCCGCAAAGCCGCAUCUACACCACAGGCAGGACUGAAGAGAAGCCAAACGGAGAUCAGCACAAGCACCGAACAACCACUCGACAACACCGGCAUCGUCACAACCCUACCACCUGCAAAAGUACCCCAAGAUGUAGUCAGCCUGGUCCGCUACAUCCAAUCCCACACAUGGACCGACAUCCCCGAACGAGCUGCAGGAAUGAAUUCCAUGCGGAUAGCCGAAGUCCUCAAUUUCCGAAAGAACAUGCCUCCGAUAGUCUCGAUUGCGCAUCUACAUGCAAUAUCCACUUCAACCACCACCACAGAACGUCAACUCGCUACUCUGAUACACUCUGGCAUUGUAAAGAAGAUAAACAUUCCCGGGCGAGGAAAAGGCGGCUUUGCGAUUGGUGAAGGUGUGGUGGUGGUUGAAGAUUGGAUAAACAUUAUACAGCAACACCCAGCGCUGUCUCAGGAACUCAAAGAAAAAUAUGCAAAGGUGCUAGAGGAGAAUACAACCUCCUACACCGUACCAGCAUCACUGUUUCUUACCGAGGAAGUUCAAGAACUCAUCGCAGCUGGCUUCAUGACCUCCACAAGCGUCCUCGGCGACUCUCUCUUCACCCUACCUGGCCAAGUAUCCUCGCCCGGCACUUCAUCACUAGCGAACGCAUGGAACACAGCCGCAACAGGCACCCUCGCAGCCACCGGGGGCUCCUCAGCCGUCCACCUCAACGGCGGCGGUGGACGUGGUCUGCACUCCCCUUCUGCCCUCGACAAAGCACACCAAACCCAAACCCUCACUUUCGCGCUUCCACACACAGGCGCCUACCUCCGCUUCCUCACCCAAGCACGCACACACCUCCUCUCCCUCCUCACAAAGUCAUCACCAAAAUACAAGGAAAGCACAAAGGAAAUGCUCAGGGAAAGAUGGAAUGGAGGUAUACCCUUGGAUGAUGCACAGACCAAAGCCAAAAGAGCCAGGGGAGAGUGGAACGGUGUGCUGCCCGGCAGAACAAAGAAAUGGAAAGAUUUUUACGGAGUCGAGUUUCAGUGGAUACUGGAAGAGGCCAUGGGGAGUGGAGGGGUCGAGUGCUUCAAGACGGGAAGCGUGGGCUUGGGGGUCAGGAUUACUUGA